CGCCGCGAUGGGCACCGGCAGCAGCAGGGCGGGGAAGGCGCGCAGCCGUAGCUCGGCGGCAAGGCGCUGGAGAGGUCCUGCCCGGGGCAGCGGGAGUAGCAGCGCCCCCGCAGGCCAGGGCAAGCCAGGAGAAGAGGCGGCGGCGGCGGCGGCCGUCGGGGCCAGGUGCAGCAGCCACCAGACGCCGGCGCACCUCACGUCGCCGUCGCUAGGGGAGCCCGACUCGGACUCGGAGCUCCUGGACCAAAUGCUGCAGGAGUGCAACGACGACGGGCGCUUGGAACUGCCUCGCCGCCGCCCUCGGCGCCUCGAUGCCGGAGAUUCCUGCUCCUGUCCGGCAGGGGGCAGCGCAGAGGAGGACGGCAGCAGCAGCCACCGGGACCAGGAGGUCUUUUUGGCAAGACCCACACAAGAGAGCAAUAACUUGGUCAACCAGCUCCCACUAAAGAAGCCUGAGAGGCAGGCCAAGAUAUCCUACGAUUACUCUGAAGAGGAGCUGAUGGCUACAAUUGAGCAGGAGUACUGCCGCUGAAGGCGUUUACAGCUCUACCAAAUGACAGCUGAAGAAGUUCACUAUGGGGCGAGUUAAACUGCAGUAUUCCUCAGAAAGAUGUUUACAUGGCGGGGAGGGGGAGAGAAGACAAGGCUGAAGGAAGAAGGAAUGCCACUACCCAAGAAGCUGGUGGGAUCUGCAUUCUCUGAAACAGGUUGAACAAGAGAUGUAUCUGAACUCUCUCACUUAUUAAGUCAGAAUACUACCCAUGGGUGUGGGUGCAAAUGGGAACCCACCAAGUUCAUUUUGGAAAUUAGAUUUCAAAGCAGGCACAUAGGAUUGUCACUCUUAAAGUCUGAGAUGUCCAGUUGUGGAAGAACUAUCGCCUUGGUCCUCGGAAUCUUAGAAGUGCA